CGCCGCCUGCGCUUACGUCAUCAUCCCGCGCCAGAUUCAACAUGGCGGGCGUUGUUUAGUUGUUAUUGAUCCGCGGUUCCAAAUCAACCGACAACCACUGAAUCCGGCAGCCUUCUCGUACCGUUGUCCACCAUGAGCGACGACAAGCAGACAGAGGGUCGCAAUUUCUUCAUGGGUUACGAUGACCUGAGCGACAGCAGCAGUGACUCGGACGGCCGCGAGUCCGGUGUGAAGAACCGAAGCGAGCCGGAGCCCUCGGGAUCUUCUGGAGCGCAGAGCCGCAAACGAGCCGCCGAGCCGCUGCCCAAACCCGACGAUCUGUUCCGAUCCGUCAGCAAACCCACGUUCCUCUACAACCCGCUCAAUAAAGUCAUCGACUGGGACAGAAGAGCCGUCAAAGCGCCGGAAGAGCCUCCGAAAGAGUUUAAGGUGUGGAAGAGCAAUGCCGUUCCUCCUCCUCAGACGUACGUGACGGAGGAGAAGAAGAAAGGAGCUCCUGAUGGGAUGGACAUGGCCAUCAAAUGGUCAAAUGUAUACGAGGACAACGGAGAAGACGCCCCUCAAGCCCACGGUGGCCCCGCCCACUUCCUACCAGAGGAGGAGGAGUCACAGCAGCCAGACUCUGAUGACGAUGAAUCAGGGAAGCAGCAGAAGUCCGUGAAGAAGCGCCGCGUGGAAACGUUCCAGCAGAAGGAAAAGAGGAAGCGGGACAUCGGUCAGGCCACGUCAGAUAAGAACUUUGUGGAAGAAGAGAAGCGGAUCCUGCGGCAGUGUCUGGAGUGACGCGCGCGUCCAGAUUCAAGCCGUUUCUUUUAAUCCCUCCGUCUGUAGUCCGGGACCUUCUAAAUUAUUAUUCCAGCGUCACGUCCGUGUGAAGAGGGUUAGUUUAAGACCCCGCAGGUUGCUCUCACGAUGUGUUUGUGUUGUGGACGUCGUUGUAAGUAUGAUUUCAGCUGUAAAGUUGUAGCUUGUAAGGAACAUCCUCCUCUGGUGUCCUGUAUAUUUCCUAUCAUUUGUAGCUUGUCAAAUGGAUAAAAACUCCUCUCUGAGUCUCUG